CUGUAAUUUAGUAGUAGUAGAGUAGUAAUUUACGAGCGUCCCGUGAAGGCACCACAGCAGUUAGUUAUUGUACAUUCUAAAAUGACGGACCCGACGACGUCGCCGGAGGAUCACUGGAAAACAGACGAUGCUUUCAGCGACAGUGGCUUUGACCCUAGUUUCUUUGCUGAAACUGCCAGAAAGGAUUCAGUUGUGUCCAGGGCCAACAGCAUCGGCUCGACAAGUGCCUCUUCAGUACCAAAUACAGAUGAUGAAGACAGCGACUACAGACAUGAGACGUCAUAUAAGGACUCGUAUAAAGAUCGACGGAGACAAGCACACACACAGGCUGAGCAGAAGCGUAGGGAUGCUAUCAAGAAAGGCUACGAUGACCUCCAGUCCAUAGUACCAACCUGCCAGCAGCAGUCUGAAUUCGCAGUUGGAGCACAGAAGAUCAGCAAGGCUACUGUGCUACAGAAAACAAUCGAUUACAUCCAUUUUCUUCAUAAAGAAAAGAAGAAGCAAGAGGAGGAAGUUUCUGUACUGAGGAAAGAAGUGAUGGCGCUAAAAAUCAUGAAAACGAACUAUGAGCACAUAGUGAAGGCCCACCAGAACAACCCACAGCAGGGAGAGGAUCAGGUGUCGGACCAGGUCAAGUUCAACAUCUUUCAGAGCAUCAUGGACUCCCUGUUCCAGUCUUUUAGCAAUUCUGUUUCAGUGAGCAGCUUUCAAGAACUCUCUGCCUGCGUUUUCAGCUGGAUUGAGGAGCACUGCAAGCCACAGACACUGAGGGAAUUUGUCGUUGGAGUGCUCCGGCAGCUCAGUGGUCAGCUUUACUGAUUGAGUGAAACCGCUGGACUUAACUCCCAUAAAUUGACUUUGGGCUUGCUCCGGCCUCUCAGGGUGGAGUAAAAACUUCAAUCAGCCUCAGGCCACACCGCAGUAUUUACACUCACUUCAGCUCAUCAGCGACUCCCUGGCUGCAAUUGGAUUACCUCAACCUCACUCUAUGGGCAGAGAUGAGAAGUUGCAGUGGAUUUCUGAUUGUAAGUGUACAUACAUACAGAUAGCUGAGCAUAUUCAGCCUCUGCUGACUGUUCAUAUUUCUUACUAUUGUUCUGCUAAGAAAUGCAGGGGAAACACAAGAGCUCAGAAGUAAAAAAAAUAAUAGUUUGGAAAUGAAUGUACCUUAAAUGCAUCAGUUAGACACGCCAGUAUAGUGUGCAACUAGUGGUAGUCACGGAAGUAACCGGAGUUGCCCUUAAAUAAGUUGAAACCAAUCCUAUUACAGAUCGAUCGUAUUGCUUCUGCAAUCUAUCAACCUAACUCACGGAAAUAGAGAGACAGGGUGAUGAAACAUGUAAAAACUCAUGAGCCAACACCCUCCCCAGUUAUGUCAAGCAUAUAUUUGCAGGCUAAUCGUGAUCCAAAGGCUCCUCUCGGCUUCAGUGCACAAACAUUGUGAGUCAGCCAUACCACUCCUGAACCGUAGCAGACAGUGUUAAAUACUAUACUACUGCAGGGUAACUGUCAUUUCUUUUAACUGUGCAAUCAUGAACGCGCUCUAUGGCACUUCAGCAUUUUAUUAGAGUUUUUCAUUAACGCAGCUGAAAUCUCACAGGUGACAGGGGUGCAAUGUAGGCAGCAUUAAUAUUUAUGAAUCAUAUAUCAUCUAUGAAUGGUAUUUUUCUUUUUUCAGUGGCUUUUAUGAUCAGAAACGGUUCAUUCCAAACAGUGUGAUAGUAAGAACCACUUGUGAAUUGUCAACACCACUAAGUAGAAAAUCUUCUGACUGUUCAGGGCUGAUCUUUAUGAAAAUUAUCACUGUGCUCGUACAGCUUCCUGGUGAAAGAUUUCCAGCCGUUGUAAUAAAAAAAAAAAAAAAAGACUUAAUUUUACAUUUUUAAACAUAUGAUAUAAAGCUUAUUUUCGUGAUGGUUUUCUUGCGAAUCUGAGUAAGUAAAAUCUGUCAUACACAUGGUUAAUCUGUUCAGUAGAGUCGCUUAACUGUUCUUGCUUUAAUCACAGGGAAAUUUAACUUUUGACUCUGUCUUGUUGCUUCAAGUAUUGUCUUUUAUAGCUGUUUAAUAACAGCCAGCUACUGUAUAUUACCAUCCAAAGAGUCAACCUAUAGAAAGAAAUAUAUUACAUUUAUUUGCCCCUAGUAAUAUGGAAAUUAAGUGCAGCAGAAAAGGACAAAUCAUAUAGCUGGACAGUAGUCCUCAUCUGUGCAGCUAAUGAACCUGUAAAAUAAGAUAUGUUAGCACUUCAGUGUCAAAAAGUUACUGUCAUUACCAUUUAAUAACUUGGAAGCAAUACUGAAGAAGCAUUUCAAAGGAGGAAAAAAAACAUGACAACCCUCCAUAAUACCUUAAGGUCAUGAAUACCCUCCAUGCUUUAUACAUUGUGGUUCUAUUAUGUACAGUUUUUUCAAAGAAACAUGGCAGCAAUAUGGGCCUGAACAUAAAUGAACAAAGAACGCACAGCUGACUAAUUGGUUAACAUUUACAUCGUAGGCUCAGGAUUGGUUUUAUGGCUUUAAAAAAGGAAAAAAAAUAAACCAAUGUUGCCUCUGAGGUGAUAAGCAUCCACCAGUGCUGUCUAAUGAUGUGACGUAGUUUUAGUGUCUCGCAAAUGACAGGUAUUUUUGUAUAAAUGUACUUUCAAAUACAGCGGAAGUUCAACUUUCAAUUAAAAGAUGUACUGUUUGUUCAAGAGAGGUUAUAAAUAAAGAAUGUGCUGUGCUCACA